AUGUCUGGAAAGCUUGACCAGUCUCUUGACGAGAUCCUCUCUACCCAGCGACGCUCCGCUCCCCGCGGUCGUCGCACCACCCGUCGCGCCUCUGGCAAGCCUGCCACCACCGCGCCUGUCGGAGGAGUUCAGAAGACUUCAAAGCCUGCGCGCGGCAAUGCGACCAAGCCUGCCCCAGCCAAGGCUGGCAAGGCAACUGGCGAGAGCAAGGUCAUUGUGAGCAACUUGCCCAAGGACGUGUCCGAAGGCCAAAUUAAGCACUUUGAGGGCACGAGGGGGAUUGUUACCAUUCUCAGGGGAUCUGACUACUUCCAACAGGCUGUCGGUCAAGUCAAGAGGGUCGAACUCUCAUACGGCCCUGGUGGCGUUAGCAAGGGUACUGCCAGCGUCAUCUUCCACCAUGCGAACGGCGCUAGCCUCGCCUUCCAGAAGCUGAACGGUCUGCUCAUCGACAACCGACCCGUGAAGGUUGAGAUUGUUGUCGCCAACGCCGACCUGCUGCCCGCCCCAAAGACCUUGAGUCAGCGCAUCACUCAACCCAAGGCUCAGCCCAAGUCCGCCGCUGCUGACAAGCACACUGGUGGAAACACCAAAGCUGCCCCUGCUGGCAAGGGCCCCAACAAGAAGCAGCGCAAGCCUCGCAGCGCCCGACCGGCUAAGAAGACCGCAGAGGAAUUGGACUCUGAGAUGGCCGAUUACUUCGUGGCUGGCAAUGCCAAUGGCGAGAAUGCCAACGGUGCUGCUCCGGCUGCUGCCGCGGCCGCCAAUGGUGAUGCGCCGAUGGAGGACGAGAUCAUGUAA